CUUUGUGAAACAUGAUUCAGUGCAAAAAAGACAAGAAGAUGGGAAAUUCAGUGAGCGAACGCGACAAGAAUGAAGCCGAUUUUGGAGACACAUUAUUCGAGAUAGUGCAUCUAAUCUAUCCAGAAAGUAGUGAAAACAUUACCGGUAUGUUACUGGAGUUAGAGCAUGAAGAAUUAAAGCGACUACUAACAACAACAAAUCAGGGACAGCUUCAUGCUCGAAUUCACCAGGCUGCAGCAAACAUCUCUCCUUCAAACGGCUCCGAAAGGGUAGAUCAUGAACAGACCAAGAUUAACAGCAAUGGAAAUAACAGCAACAAAUUCCAGAAGACCCCUCAUCCUCUACAUAAUGCAACUACAUAUGACAAAAGGAAAAUAAUGGAGAGUGGCAAUUCUUAUACAUCUGAAAUUUCUGCUGUGGACCAUGGAAACCUUUCAGAAAGUAAGCAUGACUUAGGGGAAAAGAUAUACUCUUUAAUUGAAGGGCGACAUCCAAAUGAUGCAGAAAAAUUGACAGGAAUCUUAUUGGAGAUGGAUGAUAAAAGUUUGGGACACCUGAUCAAAGAUGCAGACUUGUUAGAAAAAAAAGUGGAAGAUGUUUUGUCAGUCUUGCAAAAUAGUAAAGAACAGCUAGAAAAUGGGCAGUUGCAGAGUGAAUCAGCUGUGUUAAGAGAGGCUCAAGAUAAAACAUCUAUUGGAGAAGAGCUGUAUGAGCUGGUUUAUGAACUUAAUUCCAAUCAAGCUGACAAGAUAACAGGAAUGCUUCUUGAAAUGGACCUUCCAGAUUUAGAAAUGCUUGUUAAACACCAAGCUGCACUUGAGGAAAAAGUAAAUCAGGCUUCAAUGGCACUUAACAGUCAGAUUAAUAAACAUGAAACUACAUCUUCGAAAGCUGUGCAAGAAGACAAAGCCCUUCUUGGGGAACAACUGUAUUAUUUAAUUAGUGAAUGGUAUCCUUAUCAAGUGGAUAAAAUCACAGGCAUGCUGUUGGAACUUGAUGUAACUACGUUGAACCUGUUAGUGGCUGAUUCUGCUACACUUAAAGAGAAAGCUGCACAUGCAGCCAAUGUCCUAAGUGAAAAAAGCACGGAAAAAGAAAUUCCGCACAGCUUAGCAUCAACAAAAAACUCUGUUCAAGAGUCAGGAGAUAAAGUAUUAUUAUCAGACUCCGAAAUGAAACAUGCUUUAGCAGAGCAGAUUUAUGGCAUUAUAGAGCAGUGGUAUCCAAACGAGGCUGAAAAAUUAACAGGAAUGUUGAUGGAUAUUGACUGUAAAACUCUGGAAACUCUGGUCUUGAAUGAGGAACAGUUGAAGGAGAAACUUGAAGGAGCAUUAGUUGCUAUACACGAAGCAGAACAAACUGAAUCAGACAGGGAAUUAGCUAACCUUCGCAACCAAGAUGACAUUGUCAAAGAAGAAUUAGGAGGAAAACUGUAUGAGAAAGUUGAGGAAUCUCAUCCUGAAAAUGCCGAUAAAAUAACAGGGAUGCUCUUAGAAAUGAGUGUGGAGGAAAUCGAGAGACUUCUGAAAAAUUCACAAGAGCUUCUAGAAAAAAUACAACUUGCGGAAAAUGCUUUAGGAUAAACAUCAUUUUCGGCAUCAAGAGUUUAUUAAAAUGCAAGGUGAAGUAGCUGUUUCUGAGUCCAAAUCAGAUUUGGUUCCAGGUUCAUCUUUAAAAUUCUCUUUAUGGUUUCCCAUAUACGGUCUGUCAAAACAACCUUAUUAUCUCAUCCUGCGAUCAAGCGGGUAGUUUUUUUUUCUUUUUUUGCUGUUUAUAUUCACUCUUUGUCUUCUCGCGCUAUUUUUGCGCGACUCAUAUUAAAAGCAGACCACGAGCGCCAAAAAAUCAUAACGCCACCCUAGGUUGUAGGAUAUGUGCGAUCGGCAGUUUGUCUUUCUGAGCAGGCCAUAAAUUGCUACAGUUUUGCAAUUUGCAAAGAGGUACUUAAUAGAAGGUCAUGCUCAUUUCAUAGCUGGAAGAGGCAAUCAGCUCAGCAACAAGUAUCAAAACAGGUUCCCUAUGAGCAAAUGUUAUACUUUUAGCGCACGUAUCAAGAAAAGCCAAUCAAAUUCAAAGACAGUGCUUUUUGUUUAGUGUCACAAAUAUGGCCAUAGAAGGAGAUCUUGAAACAAUAGCUUUAGCACCAAACAAAGGCUUAUUAAUUCACGAGGGAAAUUCAAACUUGCUGUUAUUACAAUAGCGACAUUCACGAGAGGAAUUAAAAGAUAGUCGAUCACUGCACGAGCGGGAAAUUUGAAUAUUAAUGUAAUGGUGAAACACAUCGUUUACGGAAGGAAACGACUAUUGCUUUCUCUGUCGUAAAUUGUGAUCACGCUGGAAAAUAAAAAUUGGUGCGAUCCCAGGUCAUCACAGUUUCUAAGGCAAGCUAAAAGCCUAGAGAAAGUCUGCGUCGAGGGCUAAGGUUAUCGCUGUCUGUACGGUUCGGUGCAUAUCGGUAAAGGGUCUCUUUACGUUUUCUUGACAGACUGUAUUUGUCCGCCUAGCUAUACAUGGGGAAAAAAAUGCUACAAAAGGUCAAGAGGAGGGAAGGGAAGUUAGAAAUUCAUUAUUGUUGGGAUUCAAGGGUUAAACAGCUUAUAAAUCUUUGGGUGGGUACGGCAGAUAUACCAUAUAGUGUACAGAUUCAUUGCAGAGGGUAUCAAAGUGAUUAAUUAAGGCUAUUGAGUCUAAAAUCUUGAAGAUCUAUUUUAAUGUAUAAACAGGGUAGUCUAUAUUAUUAACAUGAAAGGAUGGGUAAUAUAAAAAAGAUGCAUGGGUAAUAUAAAAAAAUCAAUAUUGAAAAUAAUGAAAAGGUGUGGUGAAUAAAAAAAAACACUUUUGAUACAGGUAGUUGGCAUUGCUUCGCCCGUUAUGAACUGCGAAAUCGCUGCGAGAUAAUGCUCAUUUGGGAGAGGCGUUGGCCUAAAGGCCCUGUUGCACUUGGGCCCCGUUCCACACUACGCCAGAGGAAUUGGAAAACGGAGGUUUCAUUCGGAAAACGCAUCAAAUGUUUUGCCGUCCACACUACGCCGGAGGAAUUACAAGACGCAACAAUCACCGGUCAUUUUGGAUUUAAUUGUGUUAGGGGAAAAUUCGCGGAGGGAAAUCAAAUCGUGACGCCAUCGUUUUCGAAAAGCUCCGUUUUCAAGGUCUUUUCCGUCCGCACGAAAACGAAA